CCAGCGCGGGAGCAUGCGCGCUGCGGGCGAUAGUGCAGGACAGCUGGCGCCGGCGGCCGCGGUGGCCUGGACCGAGCUGCGCUGCAGGCAGCCGCAGCAGCCGCCGCCCCCGCGCAGAAGGAGCCUCGCCUGGAAGGAACCUCAGCUGCCUUGGGGAGAUGGCGGGUGAAAUCACAGAGACCGGGGAGCUCUAUUCCCCCUACGUUGGACUGGUGUACAUGUUCAACCUCAUCGUGGGCACUGGAGCACUCACCAUGCCCAAGGCCUUUGCUACAGCCGGGUGGCUGGUCAGCCUGGUCCUGCUGGUCUUCCUGGGCUUCAUGAGCUUUGUAACAACCACUUUCAUGAUGGAGGCCAUGGCGGCAGCCAAUGCCCAGCUCCACUGGAAGAGGAUGGAGAACAGCCUGCUGGCUCAUCCUGGCCCCACCCACCUCCCCCCUUCACCUCCCUGCCAGGAGGAAGAAGAUGAAGACUCCUCCUCUGGCUCUGACAGCGAUGCUCUCACCCAGGACAACUAUGAACAGGCAGAGAAGCGGCCCAUCCUGUCUGUGCAGAGGCAUGGCUCCCAGCACCUUUUUGAAAUCACAGACCGGGUGGAAAUGGGACAGAUGGCCUCCAUGUUCUUCAAUAAAGUGGGGGUCAACCUGUUCUAUUUCUGCAUCAUCAUCUACCUGUAUGAGGACCUGGCCAUCUACGCUGCCGCAGUGCCUUCCUCCCUAAUGCAGGUGACCUGCAGCGCUGUUGGCAACGACUCCUGUGGUGUGGAGGCUCACACCAAGCACAACGACACGGACCCAUGCUGGGGGCCCCUGCGCCGAGUGGACGCCUACCGAAUCUACUUGGCUGUCUUCACUCUCCUGCUGGGACCGUUCACCUUCUUUGAUGUCCAGAAAACCAAGUACCUGCAGAUCCUGACCUCUCUGAUGAGAUGGAUCGCAUUCGCCAUCAUGAUCGUGCUGGCCCUGGUCCGCAUCGGGCAUGGGCAGGGAGAGGGGCACCCGCCCGCAGCCAACUUCUCAGGGAUCCGGAACCUGUUUGGUGUGUGUGUGUACUCCUUCAUGUGCCAGCACUCCCUGCCAUCUCUCAUCACGCCCAUCUCCUCCAAGCGCCACCUUACCCGCCUGGUCUUCUUGGACUAUGUGCUGAUCCUGGCCUUCUACAGCCUCCUCUCCUUCACCGCCAUCUUCUGCUUCCGGGGCGACAGCCUCCUCGACAUGUACGCCCUCAACUUUGCGCGCUGCGAUGUGGUGGGCCUGGCGGCCGUGCGCUACUUCCUGGGCCUCUUCCCCGUCUUCACCAUCAGCACCAACUUCCCCAUCAUCGCGGUGACGCUGCGCAACAACUGGAAGGCUCUCUUCCACCGAGAGGGGGGUACGUACCCCUGGGUGGUGGACCGCGUGGUAUUCCCCACCAUCACGCUGGUGCCCCCUGUGCUGGUGGCCUUCUUCACCCAUGACCUGGAGUCCCUGGUGGGCAUCACGGGGGCGUACGCGGGCACGGGCAUCCAGUAUGCUAUCCCCGCCUUCCUGGUGCACCUGUGCCGCAAAGACACCCUGCUGGCCUUCGGCAGCGGGGCUGUCAAUAAGCACAGGUCCCCUUUCCGCCACACCUUCUGGGUGGGCUUUGUGCUGCUCUGGGCUUUGUCCUGCUUCCUCUUUGUCACAGCCAACAUUGUCCUCAGCGAGACCAAGGUCUGAAGGUCGAAUGUAUCAGGUGACAGAGGGGUUGGGAGUCCUGCCCUCCAAACCCACAAGCCGAGAUCUAGCUGCUUCCCAUGUCUCUGUGGGGUGAGUGAGAUGGGGGGGGGGUUCUCCCCCACCAGGAUUCUACGGUCUGCACUUACCGAGGGACCCUCGUCCCUGGCCCCUCUGCCAUGGACUGGUCCUCGCCCACUAAGCUGCACAGUCAGGCCGAGGGGCCCAGGUUCCAGGACCCAAGUUGUCCCCUCCCACCAGGACAGGCUCCUCCCAGUGCAUGGUAGAGAGUCCCGGCACUGCCACUCCUUAGAGCAGAUCCCUUCCCUCCGUGGCUGGGAAAUCUACUCCCAUUGUAGCUGCUGGCUCCUCAGGGUGGGGCCCAGGCCCUAGUCCCCUCGCCUGUGAUAGGCAGGGCCCCUCCACCUUCCUGCCAGGCCUGGAGUAGCCACGCCUCCAGAGGCCCCUAGCUGGCCCCAGCACAGGAGCAGGAAAGGCUGGUCUGUACCAGGGCCCCCCACAAGAGCCCUUGAUGUGGGCCCUGGCUCCUAUUCUGGGCUCUUGAGCCCGUACCAGCUCAAGAACAGCCCUUCCGAGGUGGGCAGAGCAGUCAGACGCUGGAUUUAAAGCCCAGAUCUGGUGACCCCUAAAAAGGAUUCUGAUCUCCUGAACGCCCCACUGGGACUCCUGGGACCUUCCUCAGUGCCAUAGAGCCCCUAGAGGAGAACCUUGCUACCUGCUAGCCCCGGAGUUCAAGAGUGCCCUGGACAUGGGCCAGUAAGCGUGCGGUUCCGCCCCAGAAGGGGCAGCAGCCAGGCCCACCUGUCCCUCCUCCACUGGCAGGAACAGUGGCUCCCUUAGGAGUCAGGCUGUGGCUGCUCAGUUUCCUUGUCCUUGGGCACCCUGGGGUAAGACUGGGCACCUGCCACUAUACCCGUGGAAGGAGGGCCAGGUGCCCACCCCACCCUGCCCCCCCAAUCAUGCAGGCAGCCUUCCUUGGGGACACAGGUGACAAAUGAACUGCAUUCUCAAUGUGCCUUCUCUUGCUUCAGGACCUGGGGUCCCUCCUGUCCCCUCCUUGGCUUGCCCUCCCCUCUCCCCCCCCCCCGGCCUGGUCCCACCUGUUCUGAAGCCCAGAACAGCUUGACCAAGAGCUGCCUCUUUGGGGUGGGGACUCAGGCCCCCGCCCCACCCUCUUGAUUUCAGUGCCUUGCUCAGCCCUGUGCCACCACCUCCUCCACCUGUCCCUGACCAUCUGCAUAACUCAGACAGAACCAUGCUGCUUCAUCUCCCGGGGCCACAGGGUCUCAGGGUUAGAGGGAAGCGGCAUUGCUUUACAGAAGCAGAGAGAGCCCAGGGAGUGUCAGUCUGGCCAACUUGACCACCCCGAGGCCCAGUCAGCCACUCUCUGCUUUCUUGCUAUUGCCACCUGUCUUAGGUCCCCAGUGCUCAUCCCCAUGUGUCAUUAUUUGACACCUAUGUGGGAAGUAGAUAUCCCUUCCCCAUCUGCCAGGUGGCUUCUUCCUGGGAGGCCCAGCCCCUGUGUGGGCAGAGUGGGAAGGAACCCACAGUGAAGCCAAGAAAAAAGAUACCUGCUCCUCCCUUCCUGUCCCCAGUGUCUGGGUCCUCCUUGGCACUGCCUGGCUGUUCACUAAAAACUCAAUUAAAACAUCUGUACAUACUUACCUUACAUACUUACCAACAUACUUACCCUUCUCCAAUUAUGGUCCCUCUUGCUUAAGGACAAAGCAGAUUAAAUCAUCCUGAGCCCCAGGCUCCAAACCAAAUUUUAGAGGCAAAUUUAUUAGCAUCAUAAAGCCCAGGUUGAUUUAUGUGACAAUCUGGAGCCACUCAGCAGUGGAAUGGGCCUGUCUCCCACCUCCCCGCUGGGCAGCCCCGGCCCUGGAGGGAACUGGCCUGAGGUCACUGCUGCUGCCUAGGUCCCUUUGCUUCCUGGUGUUCCCCUUGCACACGGUCCUGCCGGACAUCAGAUGGGAUCACCUAUGCUGCUGACAGCCAGGGGGAAUUUUGGACAUGGAGAUACGACCCCAAUAGCUAGAUGCCCCAUUUGGCUGUUUUUACAUCAGCUGGGUGAGGCAAGCAAGUUGGUUCACCGUUUCCAAUACAGAUGGGCUCUCAGGGCUGGUGAUAGGGAAGACAGAAGAGGAUGCCAGCCCAGCCGUCACUAAGGAGGGAAAUAAGCUAUGCGGCCUCCAGCUCACAUAGCCCUGCCCUCCCCCCAGCCUGGCCCCAGGGGCAGACGGGGUUAAGGUGGGAGACAGGUACUCUGCUGCCUUUCCACCAGAGCCCCUACACCAGCAGCUCCUGGCUGUUUCCUCUCCUGACACCAGAGGGGUGGCUGCAGGCUGGCGGAUGGGGCAGAUGGCAGUGUCAGGCUGGGAGGCACUGCUGAGUGGUGCGAGGUGGGUCGUAGGCACCUGGCCAGGCCCUUAGUCACACAGCUGUUCUCACCACAUGGAGGCCGGAAGCAGCCUCCGCAACAGGCAGACACUAAGGUCAGAACAGGGGGAGGACAGUAACUGCCCCCACCUCAAGGGGCAGCCUGCCCAGGGGUCUGACUCCUCCACAAAAGGACCCUAGGCUGGUCCAUGCUAAUGACCACUGAGAAGCCAGCUCCAGACCUUCAGGAGGGAGCUUUGUUGUCCCUUCACCCCAAGACCUUGAAGCAAAGGAGAACUAAGUCAGUACCUAAGUCAGUACCAACUAAGUUCUGUCAGGUACCUGGCCAUUGACCACAUGAGUUUAGGGGUUAAGAGUGAGGACCAAGCCGGGGCAGUAGCUCCGCAUUAGAGCUUAUCCUUGGAGUAGGUGAUGCCCUGGGUUCAAUCCCCAGCACUACAAUAAAAACACUGCAAAGCAGUGUGGGUCAGGAAGUCAAGGCUGCCCCUAGCAGGCACAGCUCCUCCCUGCUGACCCCUCCCUCCGUCUGUGACAUGGGGGUGACACUGCCUGCGUCGCCAGUUGGAACUGAAGCACUGAGCUUCAUGGCUGGCCCAGUGUGCUCAAUAAAACUAUGAUGGACUGAA